UUGAUGCGCUGCCUUCGCAGGACCCCGUAGAUGCCGUACAUAAUACCCGAUAUUUUAAUUGAGGAAGUUAAUUAAAUACACCGUUUAUUUAUACACUGUGGAAUGCCCUUUAGUAUUAUAAGUUGUGAAAUAAUUCUUUUCAUAGGACACAAUUAUUGGAUUUAACAUACCAAAUGGAAGAACAGGUUAAUUUAAAGUCCGACCUCAAAAAGAUAAAGGAGGGCAUAAGGCAACUUGAAGCAAAAAUGAACAGGGUUUUACCGAGUGAAUCAGACUGCCCUUGUUGCAGCCAUACGAAAGUUUUACGGGCAGAAUUAGGUGUCGUUUCUGCUCGCCUAGACGUAUUGAAAGCUACGGCGGAAGGCACGCGCUUAUUUGAAAAUAGACUAACAGAUAUGCAGAUGAAGCUGAAUGAAAUGCAGCAGACGCUGCAAGAGUUGCAGACCGAUAGAGACAAAACUAACGAUAUCUCACAAACAUCACGGUUAGAGCCUGCGAAUGCGAUUCGACACGAUACCCAUACCAAGACCUCUACAGGAAUUACACAAUUACCAGACAGAUCAACUGAAAACAUUACAGCCUCUGCAGAUAGACAGACCCAGACAGAUCUGUACUCUACUGAACACAAGAGCGGGGAUUCUUUAAUUGAGAAUGCAUCGAGCGACAGUCAUUCGAGACAUGCCAGUGCGAUUUGUAAUGACCAAGCGUGCUCGCACCGAUUUGAAAAAGAAAUGACGGUGAUAAAACAACCUAAGCGAAAAGUUUUUCUGAAUGAAGAUUCGUGGAUCUUGCUGGCAAGACAUGAAAACGACAUUGCGUCUUUGAUCACGGGUGAAGUUAAAGGCGUGGUAACCGUGUUAUUGAUAGACAUAUCGGAAAGCAUGGCGGUAGGAGAGGCGUGGGUACAAACCAGGACGUUCGUGAAGGAUUAUCUGAAAGGUUUGCAAGACGUUCGAAGUCAGGAACGUUCGUCCAACCUCGAAGAUGAAUACGUUGCAAUAGCAACAUUUGGGCACGAAACCAGGCUGCAAAUUUAUUUAACAACGGACUAUGACUCAGCAACUGACUUCAUGGAUCAUGUCCGAUUGGGUGGACCCAGUCCUCUGUAUGGUGGCUUGUGGUUGGCAAUGGCAGGGGCAUUAUCGUGCGAAGAUGGAUAUCAUACAAUUAAUGGCAUUUUAGUUGUACCAAAAAUUAUAGUCAUCAGCGACUAUAAACCGACAGAGACACUGUUAUUAACAGGACCCGACAUUUUCAGGGCAGAGGCAAUUGACGAGAGUUUGACCGUCAUUUUGUCUGCAUUAGACUCGAUCAGUAAAAGAAAUAUAUCCGUGUUCUUCGUUGCUGUUGGAGACUCUAACCAGGACUUUGUCAAUAUUCUUAGGUCCAUCGACAAAAACGUGUACACAUAUACAGAUGGACGAAGACUAUCUAGACAAUAUUUCCUCUCGACAAGGGCCGGAACGUUUGAUAUCAUGUCUCUCAUGUGGGACUUCAGACGAAGGCAUGACAUGUCGAGUGAUGACCAGGCAGAUAUGUUCACUAUUCGAAUCGAAUCCGACAGGCGUAUGACGGAGCGUAGAGAACGUCCAGAUCGAAGAACAAUGUACUGUGAAAGUACGAGCACAACAUUACCGAAAAUCGGGUCACGAGUACGACGGGGCCCAGACUGGCCGAUGACUGAUGAUCACGACGGAAAUGGGCCCGGAACAGUUGUUGGCCAUGCAGAGGAAGUUUCAAAAGUAUGGGUUGGUUGGGACAAGAAUAAUCUAUUUUGCUUCCCCCAAAAAUACGGACUACACGGUUUGUAUGAGAUUGUAGUGACGGAAGAGCAACGUGAUUUGCAACCAGGAGAGAAGAUUGCCGUCGGAUGCAAAGUAAAGCCAGGCCGAGACGGCAAUUUUCAGGGGUUUCAUGAGUGGAACACUGGCAUCGUCAUUCGAGUCCAACCACCAAAAGCUCAUGUCCGUUGGGACAGCGGAUCUCGUGGUGACUACAGUUAUGGAGAGGAUGGAAAAUACGAAAUAGAAAUCUGCACAUUGACAAAGGGUGAAGCAUCCGCAUCUGGGUCGCCAUGUCUUGAUGCAUCACCUAGUACUGACGAUGCAACUGGUGUAAAGCCUAAUCAGAAAAACAAAAACAACAAGUAGAUACAUGUACAUUAGGUGGUCUUGAAAUGCAUCGUCUUUAUUUCAUCUGUACGAAUAUAUAUGUAAAUACGAGUGAGACAUACAACACAAUAUAGCAUGAUAUCAAGUGUAUUUCAAUAUAUGAGAUGAACGAUUUAGGCCGAGAGGGAAGAAUAACUGUGAUUUUUGAUUAAUUGUGUUAGAUGUGUAUAAGUAAUGUGAUAAAUAUGUCGUGUGCGGCAUUCCAUCAUUUACAUGUUAAAUGGGCAUUUUUCUUAUCUACAGUCAUUGUAUUGAUAUGUCUGCAUUUUGCGGGACAAAUAUCUGAUACAGAUAUAAAAAAACUCAUAUUAUCAUAUUCGCGUCAUUUAAUAGGGCGAGAGAAAACAAUGACACUAAAUUUAUAUGUAUAUCCAUUAAAUUAUAUCUGUAAUUGUCUUUUAAUACAUAUACAGUACAUUUUCUAGCUUAAAAACGUGUAUUAUGUAUAUGUAAAUGUUAUAGUAAAGUAUUUGAAAAUAGCAAUAAUUAGUUUUAUUUUAAGAUUUUGUAUAACUAGAAACAUAAUUGUAUUAUAUUUUAUUAACUAUUUAAUUAAACAUACCUGUAGAAUUUUUAAUGAUCAAAUGUAUUUUAUGGAUUCGACAUCGUUCAGUUCUAUUCGAUUUUAGAAUUCAUAUGUGUUAACGAGUGGUUUCAAUGCAAUUAUAAAAGGUUUCCCCAAAUCUAAAUUGAUUUUAUUUCAAUUCAUAUUUACAGUACAUUAAACAUGUAAAAUCGCAUGGGUAUUAGAUUACAUGCUUCACUAUUUUUAUUUGUGAGCGUUAGCUCACAAAUAAUGCUGACGAAAUUUUGCAUUUGCAACCCGUGACUGCCUGUGUGGAUAACUGCAGUAAAAUUUAGCAGACGACGAAUGCUAAAAGCGUCUGCUCUAACCACCGCAUUUGCCUGUUCUCACUGGUACAGUACAUAGUGUGUAUUUAACAGAUUGUAAGAAAAAGUUUGCCAGUCUAGUGUUUUUCAUUGAAAUCUGUACAUAUUGGCUACUUUCAGGGACAACGGGGCUUAAUGCAUGCCAAAUAAGAUUAGCCUGUGCACACUGAAUAGCUGUAUCAAUGAUUUGAAAAAAAAACCCACAUCUCGACCUGUGUUUUAAGACACACUCUUUAUAAAUUUGAAUAGGUUAUAUAGUCAUUUCAAACUUGCGAUAUAAAAGCUAUAACAUAAUUUUGUAAACUGAGUUGCGUCUAAGAUUAUACAACAGCGAACACAGUCAGUGCCUUCAGGGCUUUGAUUAACUGCGUCAUUAAAGGGGCCUUUUCACAGAUUUUGGCAUUUUUUAACUUAUUCAUUAAAUGCUUUAUAUUGAUAAAUGUAAACAUUGGAUCGUAAAAGCUCCAGUAAAAAAAUCAAGAAUAAAAUUAAAAAAAGGAAAAGAACAUUGCCCGGAGCAGGUUUCGAACCAGUAACCCCUGGAGUCCUGCCAGAGUCCUGAAGUAAAAUCGCUUUAGCCUACUGAGCUAUUCCGCCGAGUACAAAAAAUAUUAGUAUUUUAUACCUUAUAUAAGGCAAUCUUCGUAGUUCUACAAAAUUUAACGACAAAAACAGAACUCUCCAAAUUAUUCAAUCGUUUCGCGUUGCAACGCUUUAUAAUUUUUAGGUUUUAUAAUCGUCAAAAGAUGCAUAUAAUGGCUAUAUUAAAGCAUGGUAAAUGUUCAGUAUUACUGUUUCCUCACAAAUAUCAUAACUAACACGAAAAUUUGCGAAUCUGAAACAACUUUUUUCAAUUUUGUCAAUUUACCAAAGCGUGAAAAGAUCCCUUUAAGGCUUGAACAUCGCUGAUCACUCCAGUUGUGUUUUUAUUAUACGAACGCUAUGUCUGUUAAAUAGCGCAGUAAAAAUAUGCUAUUUAUGACACGUAUAUUGUUUAAAUAGUGCCAAUAUUUUAAACGUUGAAUUAAAACACUUUUAAGCGACAGUCAUCAAGAUUUAGCCUUGAACCAUCCUUAUAGUAUUUUAUCUUGGUAGAUUGAAACAUAAAACCAUAUGAAGUUACAUAAGACUACUAUAAUUAUUCUAGGUUUUCGGACAAUUUUUGUUUCUUUUCCGAACUUUAAGAUACGAAAAAUAUUUUUUUUUAAGCAGGUAUGCGACAAUUUAGA